AUGUCGACUCGCUGGCCCCGCUGCAGCGACUCCUUCUCCGCCGUGUUGACUCUGUGUGUGGCGGUGUUUCUGUGGAGGAGCUGCGGGUGUGUGGAGGACAACGAGCUGCUGGAGAGGAACCAGCUCGCAGAGUUUUACAAAAAGGGCAUCUUCAUCCUGGAGAGUGAGCCGCUGAAACGCUGCGUCACCGUGGACCGCACCAACCUGGUGCUGGAGGACUGCGAGCGGCCGACACGCCGCAUGCUGUGGAAGUGGGUCUCCCAGCACCGCCUCUUCAACGUGGGCACCAGCACGUGCCUGGGCCUCAACAUGUCGGACACCACGCAGCCCCUGGGCACGUUCGAGUGCGACCUGGCCCAGCCCGUGCUGUGGUGGCGCUGCAGUGGAAAGAUGCUGCACGGGGCGUCCCAGUGGAAAGUUGCUGUGGCCGGACGUUUGUUGGUAGUAAAGAAAAACUCUCAUCAUGUGUGGAAAAGGUACAACACGGCGAGAGAAGGGCCCUGUUCAUAUCCAUAUGAAGAUAUCCACACUUUGUUGGGGAACGCACAUGGCAUGCCCUGCGCUUUGCCCUUUAAAUACAACAACAAAUGGUUCCACGAGUGCACGAGUGAGGGGCGUGAGGACCAUCUGCAGUGGUGCUCUACCACCACUCGCUAUGACGGAGCUGAAAGAUGGGGCUUCUGUCCGGUCCAAGAUUCCAGUUGUGAGCAUUUCUGGGAGUCAAACCAGGAGCUUCACGCAUGUUACCAGUUCAACCUGUACACCAUCCUGACCUGGAGUCAGGCGCAGUCCACCUGCCAGGCCCAAGGGGGAAACCUGCUCAGCAUCACCAGCUUGGCGGAGCACAGGUACAUCAGAGAUCGACUGGCAAGUGUGGGAGUGAUGGUGUGGAUUGGUCUUAACCACCUGAAGAACGGUCGUGGCUGGCAGUGGUCUGAUGGAGCACCUCUGUCAUUGGUCAAUUAUACCACAGCGCUGCCUGCCAGCCCGCUGAAGGACAACAGACAGUGUGGAGUGUACAACUCGGCCUACGAGGGUCACUGGCAGAGCCUUUCCUGCGAGUCUGCGCUGCCUUACAUCUGUAAGAAAACACCCAACAACACCAGAAGAGCUGAGCCACUGGAGAAUUGGCAGUAUAUCCAUACGGAGUGUGCGAAUGGCUGGUGGCCUCAUAACGGCUUCUGCUACCGAGUCCUGUCAGAAUCCGAAGGAGGAAGCUGGGAGGAAUCCACCGGGGCCUGUAGCUCCCAGGGCGCCAACCUCACCAGCCUCAACUCACUGUCUGAGGUGGAGGUGCUGCUGAAGCUGCUGGCCAACUUUUCUGGGGACGGUCUGGAGGUGUGGAUCGGUCUUCGGAAGCGGGCGACCUCGCCGGCUGUGGAGUGGUCGGAUGGCUCACCGGUGGAUCUCACUCUCUGGCAUCAGUAUCACCCUCCUCGCAACCUGACGGACGCAAUGCUCUGUGCCAAAGCAGACAGGAAGAAAGGUACCUGGCUCUUAGCGUCAUGUGACGAGCGACUGCCGGCUGUGUGCAGAAGGCGGAGCCAGAACCCAGGUCAGCCCUCGGGAUCCUGGGACGAGGAUUGUCCUGAGGGCUGGAAGCGACAUGGUCACUCCUGCUACACGGUGACGAGCCAUGAGCAGAGCUGUGAUGAUGCACAGAUGGGGUAUUACUGCAAGGCUCCUCUUCUUACUGUGGAAAACAGGUUCGAGCAGGCGUUUGUCAACAGUUUGCUGAGCGAGAGAGGAACCAACAGCAGCUUGUAUUACUGGAUCGGCCUCAUGGAUCACAGGGAGACAGGAGAGUACAGCUGGCUUCUUCACAACAGUUCCGCUCUUCCUCUCACCUUCACAAACUGGAACAAACAUCAGCCAGCCAGUAGCGGCGGCUGUGUUGCCAUGUCCGGUGGACCCGCUCUGGGUCACUGGGAGGUGAAAGACUGCAGGUCCUUCAGAGCCUUGUCGGUGUGCAAGCAGAGUGUGAGCAGUUACCACGAUCUCCAGCUGCCAGAGCACCACAUUGACGCUCACGCCCCCUGUCCUGCAGGCUGGGAAUCACAGUCUGGGCUCCUCGACUGCUUUAAGGUGUUUCAUCAAGAGAAGGUCCUGAUGAAACGCUCGUGGGUGGAAGCAGACUUCUUCUGCCAGGCCCUCGGGGCUCAGCUCGCCAGCUUCUACCACCAUGAGGAGCAGGUGUUUGUUAAGCAGCUGCUCAGUACCAUGUUUAAAGGAACGCAGGGUCGCUGGUUCUGGGUGGGUUUAAACAAGAGAGACCCUGAAUAUCCCGGAGCCUGGGAGUGGUCCGACGGCUCCCUUGUGGUGACGUCCUUCAUAGAGGAUAAGAACGAGGAGGACGACAGGAGGGACUGUGCCGUGUACAGUGACCUGACCGACGUUCUGACACCGCAGCCCUGUGACACCAGACAUGAGUGGGUCUGCAAGGUGCCCAGAGGUGAAAAACUGAAAAAACCCUACUGGUACACUGAGGAGAGCCAGCCCUGGGUGUUUUACCGCGGAGCUGAGUACCUGCUGGCGAAGCAGCCGUUUGCCUGGGACGCCGUGUCUCUGGCCUGCCAGAUGAUGGGAUCCUACCUUCUGUCCAUUCACUCCAGGGAGGAGCAGCACUUCGUAAAGGAACGCUUGCGGCGGCUCUCCCUGGGCCCGACUGAGUGGUGGAUCGGCCUGUCCGUUGAGCAGCCAAGAGAGGAAGUCAUGUGGACCGACAAGACAAUAGUAGACUUUCAGAACUGGGCUCAAGAGGUUGCUGGCCAGAGGAAAACAGGGAUGUGUUUCUCCAUGUCCUCUUCAACGGGAAAGUGGUCAACGAAUAAAUGCAGCGAUGUCCACGGCUAUGUGUGCAAGAGAAAGACUGCGUCCCUGUUGGAAACGCCCAGGGAGCCGCACUACAUCGGAGGAUGUCCGGAGAAAUGGUUGUACUUCGGACACAAGUGUCUCUUACUUCACCUGCCUGACAAUCCAAAGGACGGAAAGAGUUGGAAGGAUGCCCAGUCCAUCUGCUCGUCUUUCCAAGGCUCACUGGUCGCUAUAGAAGAUGAGAUUGAACAAGCUUACAUCACCAUGCUGAUGCAGGGCAGCUCUGUAGGCGUGUGGAUUGGUCUCGGUGAUGGAGACAUCAUGAGGUGGACCAAUGGGAAAUCAGUCAGCUUCACCAACUGGUCUCCAGUUGAACCAAAAAGCUUCCUCACAGAAAAUGACUGGCUCAGUGGAUUCGCCAAAGAGCCGUUGUGCAUCGUUCUGUCCAACAACCACAACUUCCACCUGACAGGAAAGUGGUACGAUGAGAAGUGCAGUGAGACUGGGUAUGGCUUCGUCUGUCAAAGACCUCAAGAUACCUCCAAACCCCCCACCCACUCCUAUCACCACCCUCUCCCUGAUAAUAUUGAGUACAGGACCCGCAGCUACAAGGUUGUGUCUGGCAACAUGAGCUGGUACGACGCCAUGCACUUGUGCAUAGAGAAUGAUUCUGACCUAGUGAGCAUUACAGAUGCCUACCACCAGGCUUUCCUUACUGUCCUUGUCAAUAGAUUGGCACUCCCCCACUGGAUUGGGCUGUAUAGUCAAGACAGUGGCAUCAAUUACCAGUGGUCAGAUGGCAGCGACACUGUGUACACCCACUGGGACGCAGCCGAUGACGAAGACGACUUUCUGACAGGAGAGUGUGUGUACAUCGAUGUGAACGGAGGCUGGCGGAGAGCCGACUGUGAAACUCCGCUCCCAGGAGCCCUGUGUCACGUCUCCACACCGAGCCAUAAACCAUUUACCUCCUAUGACGGAGCGUGUCCGUCCACGUGGGUGAAAUUUGGACACGGCUGUUACAACUUUGAGCCGGUGGUGGAGAAACUCACAUUUGAAGAGUCGAGAGAGCACUGCAGGCAGAAAGUCAACACCUCAGAUGUCCUCACCAUCGAGAGCGAGACAGAGAAUCGUUUUGUGCUGGAGCAGCUGUGGUCAUCGGGGCUGCGUCACCAGACCGUGUGGUUGGGGAUGCACUUCAACAUCGACACUGAUUCCAUGUCCUGGGUGGAUGCUUCACCUAUGGAUUACACCAACUGGCCUAACAAAGCCCCAGACUCCAAGCUGCUGACUGCAGAUACCUGUGUGACCACCAGCGUGGGUGACGGUGUGUGGCACCUGUCACGGUGCAAUGAGCGACUCGGCUUUGUCUGCAAAACCAUCUCAGAUGGAAGUUCUGAGGUGGAAGUGGAACCACUGAAUGAUUCACACCAUGGCGUUGUUGCUGCAGCAGUGCUGGUGGCUGUACUCAUCUUUGCCCUGCUGGCAGGAGCAAUGUGGUUUGGGUACAAGAGGAACACUACACGCUUUCGUGGGAUCCCGAUUCUGGGAAGUGCUUAUUACAGACAAACAGGCUCCCAGUCUUUAGAGUCAGAUGGAAAUGUGCUGAUGACAGACCUGGAGGCUCACUCAGGAGAAUAGCACUCAGCGACUCCCCUUUCCUAUUUCAAAGUAUUCUCCAUCUCUCACCAGCUUCACCAUCAGGUACGAAUGCCACAAGACACUGUAAAGCUGUGACGCUGACUCCUCAGGACAGUGGUGAGACGGUGACGGCCAAAUGUUUCUUUCAUUAAUCCGAGGAAUGGAAUUCAGUCACUCUCAGUCUGCAGUUUUCAUUAACUCAAACCAUUUCAAUGGGAAAUGUUUGUGAAGAUAUCUCCUGUGUUGACACUGAAUAUAAUGCAUUUGAAUUUCUGUUGUUUGAAGUAGAGGAACAAAGUUCACACAAAUUAAAAUGUUGAAGAAGGGAUGCUAGCGAUCUUAAGAUUUGUAAAGGAGUUACUGAAACACUUGUUUGUCUGUUAAUAAGAGGAUUAAGUGUUAUCGGUUUAAACCAUAUAGGAAAAGAAUUUGAAUAAUAGGGAAAUGUUUGAAUUAAUAAUAUUCAGCCAGGUGGGGAAAAUCCUGGUCUAACUGUCAGGGUCAAAAGAAAUGUACAUUGUCAUAAGUGAGUGACACAUUGAUGACGAAACUGAAAAAUAUACAAAUUAUAUUUGUGAUGUCAUUUUGUACAUUUAGUCGAGAAUCCAGGAGCUGUAAGAGUUGUACAUGUGGAACAGCAGUUUUGUCAGUAUUACUUAUUAGUGUUACUUAUCAGUAUUUUUUUUUUUACUUAAUUUUCUAAUAUACUGCCUGUGUAUGGAUAACAGAGGUUUCUUUUUAUAUAUAUAUAUUCAUCUGACAGAACAUGUG